AUGAACCCGCAAGAAGAGAAAUGCUCUUCAGAAAAAGGGACUCUAUCCUGCUAUUCUUCUACCUCGGCUGAUGCAUAUUUAGCACAUGGACGUCUAUCCACAUCUCUACAAGUGGAAGUACAUAAUUCAGCUGGACCACAGAAUAUGCUCCCUUACUCAUUCAAACGGCUCAGCUCUGAUUGUGAGACGAAUAAAUCUUUUUCUCAAGUUUCACAAUCUCCAAAUGGAAGGUUUUCCCGGUCGUCCACAUUUUGCACUAGCCAGUUUUCUUCAUCUUCCCCCAUCUCAGAAGCCGCCCAUUCACGGAUAAAAGUAUUACCUUUCCUCCCAAGCCUCCAUAAAAUAGAGCAGCCAACCUCUUCUGCACAGUCCUCAAGUUCUCCACUUAUUUUACAUGGCAGCAUUUGCAAUGUGAAUAGUGGGAGUGAUGACCCAGAUACCCUGAUAAAGGGGUUGGUUAACUUAUCUCAAGAUGUCUCAGACGGGAGCUUCCACGAGGAAAAUUAUGCAAAUGACUGUGUGACAUUCGACGAGCGAUUAGAAUUACAGAUAUUGUCGGACGAGCUUGGUAUGGCAAUUACGGGCAGUGAGGAAAGUCCGCGUUUGGAUGUAAGUAUUAUAUUCCACUAGUCAUUCGAUCAUUUCCUCCGCCUUUUCGAGGAUAAUUUUACUUUUAUUCAAUACGCAGUUUCUUUCUCUCCUUUAACUUCUGGAACUGCAUUCCCUCUUCGCCACCCCUUCCCCCUUGUUUUAAGGCACUAUCUCAACAGCUUAGUGGAGCAUCUGUUCAUGAGCUGUGGAGAAUGUCCAGCCUCUCAAUCUUUGGCUUGUUUUAGAAACAACAGAUGAAUUGCCAAUGAGAAAUCUAGGCUGGAUUCUGAACAAGUCUUUGACAAAUGUUUUACUUAUAGAAACUUCGAUGUGCCAUCAAUAUCUGAAUUGUGUUGCGUUUGCGUUUGAUAUAAAUGAUGGUUUCACUGCAGGAGAUAUAUGACAAGCCUCAGAUGCUAUCGAAAUCCGAUGAAAUCUGCCAGCCUGAGGCACCUGCUCACCAUGUUCUGGGGCUGCCGCAAUGCAAUGAUAUCAGUCAGCCUGAGGGACUCGAUCACCAUGUUCUGGGACUAUCGCAACGCAGUAAUAUCUGUCAGCAUGAGGGACCUACAAACCAUCCUCUGACGACUUCGCAGCACUCAACUUCAGGGUCUACACAUACGAACAAACAGAGACUGAGGUGGACGCUCGAACUACAUGAGCAAUUUGUGGAAGCUGUGAAAAAGUUGGAUGGAGCUGAAAGUAGGGACUUAGGCUUCAGUUUAGUAAACGUACCCAGGUCAUAUUCUCAUUGUGCUCUAUAUUAACCAUGCAGAGGCGACUCCCAAGGGUGUAUUGAAGCUUAUGGACGUCGAGGGUUUGACCAUAUAUCAUGUGAAGAGUCACUUGCAGGUAUUACUGCAGAUUUGUUUUAGUUUAUAACUCGAGCUUGUUCAUUUUCCAUGACGUGAUCUUAUUUACAUCGUUGACAAUUGCAGAAGUACCGACUUGCGAAGUAUCCUCCAGCGACAAAAGAAGGUUGGUAAACAUCUGGGAACAUGUAAAACGUGCUCAGCUUAUAUCAUAUAAUUUUUUUCGUGAUAUAUUUCCGCUUUCACGUUCGUUUGGGCGUUUUGACAUUGAAAGUAACCGUUUUCUGUCCGUAAAAUAUAAUUUUUGUUCUCCGGUUUGACUCCUUAUAUUCGAGAGAAGCGAUAAAUUUUUCUCCCGUAGUUAUUAUAGGCGAACAGUUUCGCAUAUGGUUUGCAUUUUUGCGAAAUCUGAGUGGGAAUUUUUCUUCGCAUCGGCACUUGUACAACAUGCAGCGUUAUGAGCGGCAGACUGGAGCCCUGCAGUUUCUUCUAAAGCCCACUAGUCUGCAGCUUCAAUUUUCGCUAUCCUUUUGUGAAUCUUGGAUCAUCUUUAAGAUGCCUAAAUCCGCAAAAUAGUUUUUAUAUAGUUUUUUUUUGGAGAAUCCGUCCUCGAGAAAUCUGACAUGUCUGCCCUCUUGCUUUUUAGUCUUAGUCUCCCAAGAGAGGAGGACGCCUUUGUCUGAGGGAAGGACAGAACCUGCAAUCAGCAAAGAAAGUAACACGAGCAUCAAGAAGUAAGGCAGCGGCAGCUCUUGUCUCGCGCUCAAGAUAAAUCUGCACAGUUGGACACGAUCUAUUCCGCAAUCUGGCUGCCGAGCCAUCAUAACUUUUCUCACUCUGCCUUACAGGAACAGGCAAGUAAUGGAGGCACUUCAAAUGCAAAUUGAGGUCCAAAAGCAGUUACAUAAACAGCUGGAAGUAAGUUGAGUUCGUUUUGAACACAGUAGGCAUAUUUCAUAAUCCUUUAGCGAGCUCAUGCAUACUUCUACUGAAGCUUCUGAAGGUGAUGCGCCAUGCUAUUUUAGCCUUUUGCCUGGAGGGGUGUUCAUGGCUGGUCCCCCCACAUGAAAAUGGUGUUCCUGGGAGAAUUAUACGGCUUAUGCUCAUCUUGGAAUCAAACCUAUUGACCGUGGAUCCGUUUGAGGGAAUACAGAACAUGAGGCGAAGUGUAAAUCCAAGAAGAUUAUUUCAGAUUCUUCACGCAUUAUUGUGGAAACCUAUCAUUCGGAGGGGGGGGGAGGGGGGGGAGAUUCUUUAGCAUUCGUGUUCAUUGGGGUGCCGAAUGGGGUACCUGAUAGCUCCCCUGUAACCGUCACUGUCUUUGUCUUUUUUUCUUCCGGCAGGUACAACGGGCUCUUCAGUUACGGAUAGAAGAGAACGCCAGGUAUCUGCAGAGGAUGCUGGAGGAACAGCAGAUUGUCCGCGACUCGGACGUUCACAGUGAAAUCACUGAGCAGCUGCCAGGCUCCAAUGCAGAACCGCCCCGAGCUCAUUCACUGAACUUUACAUUACCGAAUCAAGGUGAAUUCAAGGACUCGGUCACGCCGCCACGCCCUUCUUGGGAGAGCGAAGCCACUGAUUCGAACGCAUGA